AAGAAAAAUGAGAAAAAUCACUACUAUGUAAAUAAGGUUCACAGACAGUCUGCUAGAUCUUGAGAACUCGGAUAGAGAAAAGGGCUCCCUCGGCAAACAUAUCUCGACCUAGGAUAUCAACUUUGGUCAACAUGUCAAGAAACUGCUGUUCUGGCAUCUCACACAGGAUCAAGGAAAUAUUCAGGGAAAAUGUGUUUGAACUGAAGAUUCUCCUUUGGUAUACAGGACCUCUGGCCCUUGCCAAUUUUUUGGAUUAUGUACCAAUCAUUAUAACCACUGUAUUUGUUGGACAUAUUGGAAAAGUAGAACUCGAUGCAAUGAUGCUUGCCGUCUCUUACACAACACUGACUGGAAUAGCAGUGGGAUUGGGAUUAAAUGCUGCAUGUGAUACUCUCCUAUCACAGAUUUAUGGAGGAAGAAACCUCAAGUUUUUCGGAGUCAUUAUGCAGCGAGCGUUCCUUAUUCUAAUACUUGCGUGCUUUCCAUGCUGGGCCUUGUAUAUCAAUGCUGAAAACAUUCUGCUGCUAUGUGGGCAAAACAAAGAUGUGGCAAGACAAGCUGAACUGUGUGUACUGGUUUUACUACCAGAACUACCAGCAUUUUUCUUUUUCCAACUUGGACUUCGCUUUUUACAAAACCAGGAAGUCAUUUGGCCUCAAAUUGCAGUAAGCUGCCUGGGAAUCCUAGUCAGUACCUUCCUGAACUAUUUACUACUUUUCGUUUUACAAAUUGGGGUCAUAGGUGGAGCUGUGGCGAUCACUGUAGGGACUUUUUGUGAUUGUUUCCUGCUGUUCAUCUAUAUCAGAAUAAGAAAGUUACAUCUUGCAACUUGGCCUGGAUGGUCAAUUGAAUGUCUAAAUGACUGGGGACCUUUCCUAGCACUGGCAAUUCCUGGAGUACUUAUAAAUAUGAUUGAAUGCUGGGCUUUUGAAAUAGCAAUGAUUCUAGCAGGUCUCAUUAAUCUAGUGGAACUUGGAGGGCAGUCCCUUUUAAUUCAGUUAAUAACCAUGUUAAUAAAGAUCCCAUUUGCUCUUGGAAUUGCUACCAGCUUAAGAGUUGGUUACCAUCUAGGAGCUGGAGAGACUGACCGGGCCAAGAAAUCUUCUAAACUGGGCUUAGUAGUAGCAGGAACUCUUGCGAUAUUCAUUUUCAUAUUAUUGAUUGGGCUGAGAAGUCAGCUUGGAAAAAUGUUUGUCAAUGAAAAGGAUAUUUUAUCUCUAGUGUAUGAGACCAUACCAAUAUGUGCUUUAUUUUACAUUUUUACUCCAUCAGUCAGUGUCUUUUCUGGAGCAUUAAAAGGCAUUGGAAAGCCAGAGAUUGCAGCAUUAGCAUUUUUAUUUGCAUAUUGUCUAAUAACAUUUCCUAUUGGAGUGCCUCUAAUGUUUCUAGCGAAACUUGGGAUAAAAGGUUUCUGGAUUGGAAUGCUAACCGCCAUUGUGAGCAUUAAUAUUUACCUUUUUAUUUAUUUCUGGAGAUUAGACUGGAAUUUAAUGACAGAAAAGGUAAAAGAACGUGUAGGUUUGAAAAUGAAACCAGUCCCAUCUUUAGAACCCAAUAUAGAUGCCCCAGACAAUAUUGAAUUGACUAACUACGCUUCCCUGGACUGCACCAACAAGGAAACAGAGCUACAAGAAAUGGCAGACAAGGCAGCAUUCCAGAAGUUGCUCAGGUGUCGAGGGUUUCAGGCACUAGCAGUUGUUUCCACCCUUUUUAUUGGACUUACUGUAAAAUUAACUGUCAAACUGCAUUAGUCAUGAAAUAUUGUCACUGGAUGUUAAGUCUACACAGUAAUUUGA